AUGUCAUUCUCCCGGACGUUCUCCUCUACAAGCACCCUCAGCUCGAGAUCAUGUACUCCUUGCCCAACAGUCGUUCAGCCUGACCAUUUCUUCGGUGCCGACGAUUCUCUACCGUCACCCACCUCCGUCGGAAGGCCCUGGCUGACACCCGAAGAUGAUCCCCUGGCACAUCGAGGGAUACCGGUGUUUAAGCCGACAAUGGAUGAGUUCAAGGAUUUUGAGGAAUACAUGAAGAAAGUCGAGUGUUGGGGAGAGCGGAGUGGUAUCAUUAAGAUUAUACCUCCGAAGGAAUGGUCGGAAUCUCUGCCACUGAUAAAGGAACAACUCAAUAAUUUGAAGAUAUCAUCACCUAUCGAGCAGCACAUGCAGGGACGCGCUGGCCUUUUCCGGGUAGAAAAUAUGAUGAGAAGGAAGUACAUGAGUGUACGUGAGUGGGUAGAGAUGUGCGACAGGGAAGAUUAUCGUUCCCCGGGCGUCCACGAAGUUGGUCUUCACGGAAGGAGCAGCAUCAAGGCAAAGACGCGACGAUCUAAGCGUCUUUCGGACAACGGGAAAAUAGAAAUGGCUGACCCCGAGGAUGAGGUCGUCAUUAAGGAGGAGCCCAUGGACAAUCUCAACGAAACGCCCAGAAUCUACGAUGAUGGCUCAGGAUCCGUGAACGCGCCUAUCGUUAUCGAGCCACUGCGAAGAACGCCCCUUUACCACUCUACCCCUGCAGAAGAGAAACCAACUGAGAAGAGGCCACCUGGGCGGAAAAAGACGACAACCGAGAAAGCUGCAGAACGGUCAGCUCGCGAUGCUGCUUUCUUGAAGACGUUUGAUCCCUACACGCAUUGGUUGCCACCAGGUACAACACCAUCAGAUUAUACCCCAGAGUUCUGUCACAUACUCGAAAGGCAAUUUUGGCGUAGCUGUGGCCUGGGUAAGCCAGCUUGGUACGGUGCGGAUUCGCAGGGGACCCUAUUCACUGAUAAGACCCAGAUCUGGAACAUUGGACACCUGGAAUCUGCUUUGACGCGACUGUUGCCUUCAUCAAGUCAAGGAUUACCCGGUGUGAACACACCCUAUCUUUACUGGGGGAUGUGGCGCGCAUCGUUUGCCUGGCAUGUCGAAGACAUGGACCUCUUCAGUAUCAACUACAUUCACUUCGGAGCACCCAAAUUCUGGUAUGCAAUUCCUCAAGGUAGAGCCGGCGCUCUGGAACAAACCAUGCGAAGCUACUUCCCCAAGGACGGGCGCCAAUGUUCGCAAUUCCUUCGCCAUAAAUCCUAUCUUGCCUCUGCGACUCUAUUGGCACAGUCAUCAUGCAGGCCGAAUCACUGCGUACAGCACGCGGGAGAAAUUAUUAUUACUUAUCCUCUGGGCUAUCACGCUGGAUUCAAUCUAGGAUUAAACUGUGCGGAAAGCGUAAAUUUUGCUUUGGAUAGCUGGAUCAGCAAAGGAAUUAAGGCCAAGGCUUGCGAAUGCAUCUCUGAUAGUGUUCGCAUUGAUGUAGAACAACUUUUAAGGGACCGUGAAGAUGAAUGCGAUCUUAUCGCUUCCACGUCGCCCCCCCAGCUAAAGCGAUCUCCCAUCAAAAAGGAAAUUUCGGUGGUUAUUCCAAGUUUGAAGACCGUCCGUCCACUGAAGCGGCCAUAUGACGGCGAGCUAGGGGCGUUGCCCAAAGCUAAGAAGGUCAAACUGACAACUCCCAAGGCAACAAAACCUCCAGCACUGGUCCCAUCCACCUCCCAAGUAACUAAGGUUCCGACGAAAGUUACACUGAAAUUAGGACCGCGACCUUCGGAGCCUGAACAUUAUCCCUGUUGUCUAUGCAUAUCCACGUCAACGGAAGGCCUUCUUCGUGUCCAAGACCCGCCUAUUGGCCGCAAAGAUGCUGUGGAUGCUACGGGAAAUCCAAGUGAAUGGAUGGCUCACGAGAGCUGUGCUAAUAUUGUACCUGAAACGUGGGUUGACGAAUUAGACGGAUGUAAUGGACUGAAAGAGAGGGUGGUGUUUGGUGUUGAUGGAAUCGUGAGAGACAGAUGGAAUCUUAAAUGUUCCGCCUGCACUAAGAGCAGAUCCAGGGCACACGGAGCACCUAUACAGUGUACUAAGGGCAAAUGUCCGAAGGCGUUUCAUGUGUCGUGCGCUCGGGACGGAAAGGAGCAACAUAUUAUCUUCGAGACUUUGCGUGAAGUGGAGAAGGAGGUGGUGCUUUUGGAUCCAAAAACCCCUGGAACAUCGUCUGACCAGAUGAAAAUUGACUCCGUAGCUGGCCUUCCGAUGGCUGACUCGCAGGUGCUGAAGGUAAUAAAGAAGGUAGAGGUGCAAGUACUUUGCACGCAACACAACCCCUUCGUAACCGCAGCCAAGAGGGCUUCCAAACAAGACAAAAUUCGAAACGACCUCAUGGCUUUACCUGAUAUGGCUCGUAUAAAGAUUCGAGUCAGUGCUGGCGUUUUCGAGGUCUCCUUGGUCCGCGUGAUCGAAGAGACAGGUUCUGUUGAGGUCCUCUGGGAUCGUGGCUCCAAGAGGGAGUUCAAAUGGGGCAGUGUAGUCUUCGGAAACACCGAUGGUCCUGUUGUGCAAAAGCCUUCUGAAGCUGCACCCGAACCUCGUAGGUCAUUUUAUGUCUGUUUCUGCGCUGUCGUUCACUCGGCGCCAACAAGUAAUGCCGAAGCCUCGACCAGUCAAAAUGCCAAGCCUCCAGUGCCUACGGCUCAAUAUGGGUCUUCCGCACCGCCCAAUUAUGGCGCCAAUCCAUAUGCAUAUUGGGGAUACCAGGUCUCAGGUCAGCAGUCAGGUGCAUCAGCCUAUCCUUAUCAAGGCUAUUACGCUACAGCAGCCCAACUCUAUCCCUAUCCCACCCCACAGCAGAAAGGAUACUCAGGCAAGCUGCAAUGGCAGCAGCCCUACCAAGGUCCGCCUAACGGUGGUUAUUAUUACCCCAGUGCUCAAUACCAGACACAGACGGGUGCCACGAGCAGGCCCGAGAUAGUCAAAACCACUCCUCCUCCUCCUCCUCCUCCUCUUACACAGACAUCGACACAUGCAUCAACCCCAGCCAGUCCUCAGACGGUUACACCGACGCUUGUAUCGCAAAUGGUGACUCUGCCCAGUGAUUUAGCGGCGUUGGUGACUAUGCAGCCCGAACAGCUGACAGCCAUAUUCCGUGACCAACCGCAGCUAAGAGAUAUGGUUUUAGCAGCAGUUGAGAACGCGAAACGGGAGUGUCCGGCGUAG